CCCAGCUGCGGAGCCAGCCAAGCAGCUGGCUGGGAGGGCUUCCAUCACCGUCCAGCGACUGCCGCAGCGCAGCUGGGAAGAAAAGGAAGGGGAAGGGGUCGAUCGCCGGGUCCUUGCACAGCCUCUGAAGGGUCGAUGGAUACCCUGUCCUGCUUGUGAGGCACGCGGCGCGGUGGCGCCUUUGGAAGUGCCGCGAAGCCAGCAUGUGGACUGGCCAGACCCAUAUUGAGGAGGCCAGGCCACAGCUCCAAAAGCAGCUAGUGGUGGGUCAGUGGAAAGUGCUUUCAUCAACUAACAGAGGGCAAGAGUUACAGCUCCCAGAGUCUUCUGUCAAGAGCCUGGCCGGUGGGGAUGAGACCCAGUCGGUGGCACAACUGAAUGUCUCCCGUUUGCGCAGCUCCUCGGUAGAAAUCCGUGAGAAAGGCUCUGAGUUCCUGAAGGAGGAGCUCCAUAGAGCUCAGAAGGAAUUAAAGUUGAAAGAUGAAGAAUGUGAGAGACUUUCCAAAGUCAGGGAGCAGCUGGAGCAGGAACUGGAAGAGCUGACAGCAAGCUUAUUUGAGGAAGCCCACAAGAUGGUCCGGGAGGCAAACACCAAGCAAGCAGCCUCAGAGAAGCAGCUGAGGGAGGCUCAAGGGAAGAUUGACAUGCUGCAGGCAGAGGUGACAGCCUUGAAGACGCUAGUUAUAACAUCAACUCCUUCCUCGCCAAAUCGGGAGUUGCACCCACAACUUCAGAGCCCCACCAAAACAUCCUUCAGAAAGGGACAUGGACGCAACAAGAGCACCAGUAGCACCGGUGCAAUCACAGUUGCUGGCCAGAGUGCACCCCAGGAGUCAGUCAACAGCGAAUUCAAAGAGUCUGGGGUACCCACUCUCCUCUCCCUGCUGCUCUGUAUCGUCCCUGCGAAGGCAAUCCACAUCACCUAUGAGCCAGGCUGGCGGUUCCUGGCAGCAGACUCUCCUUUCUCCUCUCCUCUCUCGCGGCAGGUGGACUCCAUCUUGUUUGCAGAAUUUCAGGCUUGGAAGGAGUCUCCAACAUUGGAUAAAUCGUGUCCUUUUCUCAAGCGGAUUUACCAUGAAGAUGUAGGCCCUUGCCUGGACUUCACCAAGCAUGAACUUUCAGAGCUAGUUCAGGCAGCUGUGGAGCAGAACACCCUUACCAUUGAACCAGUGGCUACUCAGACAUUGCCGGUAGUGAAGGUGGCAGCCAUUGAAUGCGGUGGACCAAAUGGGUUCCGGUCCCAAAUUAUAACGAAAUGCGCUCUGAGCGGCCUGUCCCGAGCCUGCAAGCAUCGCAUCAAAUUGGGGGAUUCUGGGAAUUAUUACUACAUUUCCCCUUCCUGCAGGGCCAGGAUUACAGCUGUAUGCAACUUCUUCACUUACAUUCGGUACAUCCAGCAGGGACUGGUGAGACAAGAUGUGGAAUUGAUGUAUUGGGAAGUCAUGAGGCUUCGGAAGGAAAUGUCCAUUGCUAAACUGGGCUUCUAUCCCAGCGAGAUGUAAAUGGAAGAUGAUGAUCAGGAAGGAUUUUUGCUGUCAGUUAUUCUGUGGACACCCAGAAAAUCGAUGACAGAAUGUCUGCUCAUAUUCAAGAUGGUGCAAUAUUAAUUGAAAAUGUAAGAAGCACAGGCUUUUCCUGUUGAGUGACAACUUCAGUUUCUUGAGAGCACCUACUCCAGGCAUUUUUACCUAGUGAAUAUGAGCUCUCUGGCACUAUGGAAUGAGGCCAUGUUGGAACUCCUUCCUUUUUUCUAUGCAUUCCUCCUCAGCCAGUAUAUAAUGUUCUACUUAAAAGCCACUCUAUAUACACACAUAUAUAAAUAUAUAAAAACAUAUUCCUGAGGCCUCGGCUGGACCUUGGGCUCAUUAUCUGUUUGCCAUUCUGAAAUCUUAAGUGCUAUUGAUCAUUGCUGCAUAAUGGAUAGAUAGAUAAACUACUGCUCCAGCUUUCCAAAGACAUGCUCUUGCUGAAAACGGCCUUCCUUGAAAGCUGCAAGGUGCAGAUUCCUCCAGUAUUUCUUAGGAGCUUGAAAGAGGUAGUUGGGAAAGGUUUUGCUUUUGUUUCUGAUUGUAGCUCAGGGUUUUCCUUUGAGGGAUCCACAGACCCUUUGCCAUACUCUGCACGCUGGUAUUAAAGCCACUCCUGAUCAAAACCCCAGUCACGAUGGAAGGAUGGGGAAAUGAUCUAAUGGAUAGCCACUUGUAACUGAUGGACUUCUUUUUUAUGCCACGGACAUUCUAGAACAAGCUCUUCCUACCUGAAAUUCUUUCUCCCAAGGCUUCUUCAACUAUGCUUCGUUGCAUUCAACAUACCAGUCACGGAUCCAUUGCCAUGACCUUCUUUAGCCCACAUUUCUGCUGUACUCCUGGUUCUCAUUUAGAGGCUUGCAUUUGGCUAAGUAUUUUCUAAACUUAAGCCCUCCCCCCCACCCCCACCUGAUUCACAUCCAAAGAUUGACCACAGAGACUGAAUUUUCUAGUAAGUCCUUAUACACAUUCUGCAGUUUUUAAAAAAGUGGGGGCUAUCUGGAUUUCAUAAGUGAAUCUUCAGUUUUGAUGCUACAGUAUUGAUGAGGAUCUCUCUCUUUUUAUUGUAUUUUAGGGUAUACUAAAAGUUGAUAUUGAAUUUUUAAUUCAAAUAUCUAGAUGAUCUGUUGGGUGUAAAUACAAUGAAAAUGCCUUUCAUUUUCUUUGGUUAAAGAAGGAAACAGCUUUUCCUUUGGGAUAAUAUUUUGAAACUUCUGAGAUGAGAACAGCUGAUACAGGCUUCCUAGAAGACAUAAUUUCCCUUGGUAGCCAUUCCCUCCUACUUUCAGACCGAGUGGUCUAGUUGCUGGUUACUGAUUGCGGAAGGCACUUGCUAUUUCAGCUUCAGCUGAAUAAUGACAAUGAAAAUCAGGUUUUGUUGGUAAUCCAUGAAUUCACAAAGCCUCUACAAACAGAGUCUCCUGCUUGGAUGAAUUUAGCCAAUCAAUUCAGCUAGUGUUACUGAGAGAUUGUUCCAUUGGUUCCAUUGGGCAUGUAUACCUGGUUGGCAGCAGAGUUUUGCAUACAUUGUGGCUUCCUUUUGGCUCCUUAUGAUUACACCCUCGUCCCAGAUCUGUGUGGACUUUACCAGGUUUUCAACUCUACCAUCAUAAGAGGAGGAAGCCAGAACAUGACACAGUGCCUAGAGGUUAUCAACUGAUCAUUGGUGGGGUUGUUGGGAUUAUGUUCUGAAUGCGAUGUGAAGCCACAUCUGACUGACAACACAUCUGAGUUGUCUAUAAUAGCUGAAUUGGACCCUACCAUUUCCAUUCUUGGGGAAGUAAUGUUUUCUUCAGUUUGCCUUGAAAUUAAUAGGUUGACUUCACUAAUAUGUUGUGUUUAUGAGCAAUAGAACAAGCACUCUUUGGCAUUUUCCUGGAAGUUAUUGACUUGGGAGUGUUUGAUAGUGUUGCAUAUCAAACAGUAUUUUCUUGACCCAGUUCUUGGAGUGGAACUAAAGAUGCCCCACUGCUUUGUUGUUCACUAUCCCUACUAUCCUACUAUCCUAAUCAUUUAUAGCACCACUUGAGGGCUAAAGACAUAGCAGUCAGGAACUCUUCUCUUAAAGGAUGUAUUUGGGAAAUAUGCUGUUGAAAUUACUUAAUCAGGAGAACAAGUAGUAACACACCCUUUUCCUGCUAUAAGAUUUCUGUGCAUCACAGGGCACCUGCACCAAGAUGGAUGAAUAAGCCAGAGUUUUAGAAUUGCUUCUAUUACAACAGAGAGUGCUGCCUUUAUAAUCUCACCUCUCAGACACCUAAAAUGAUGAACUAUGUGAGUAUAUGAAGAACGAUCUUUUGGGCCAGAGAUGCAGUUAGUCAUGUAGCAUCUUGCAAAGACCGCAGAAUGAAAUUGUCAAAGGAGGCCUUAAAUCUAUUCAUACUCAGUGGUGAGCAUGUAUCUGAUUGCUUUUCUAUUGAGCUAAAACCAGAAGUGAAAUGGUUUCUAGCAACAUUUGCUUCAAGAAUAUUGACUUCUGCAAUUUUGCCUACUAGGUGAUUAAGGAAUUGACCUAUUAAGGAUGCGCCCUAGAGCAUUCUGAUAUUCAAUCACCUUUCCCCAGCCCAGUGUCCUCCUGAUGGGUUAACUGAGAACUCUAGUCCAGCUCAUCUGGAAGACAGUAAGAAGGUGGAGGGUGCAUUAAGGCACUGUGAUAGGCAAGCAAAUAAUAAAAGAUGGUGAAGAACAACUGAAGAGAUCCUUGUAGAAAUGGUGACUGCCUUAUGAGAAAUUUCAGUUUGUUCAUUGAAAGGAGAUUUAGCAUUGUUUUGAGUACAAAAUGAACUGUUGUGAAGAAAUAUCCUCUGAAAUUUCAUCUGCAAAAAGUAUUUCUCACACUAAAUUCCCUGCAAAGGCCUCCAGUUUAUUUCAUACUGGCUGGAGGUUUUGCAUUGUCAUUAUUUACUUAUCAAUAUUUGGUCCAAUAAGAGAUGAAGGAAAUGAUUAGAUCAAGAUGGCUUUGCUAGCUGCCAGUUUUCCCAAAUUACAAGAAUUGGUUGCCUGAAAAGAAAGAAAAAAGCAUAUUACAGCAGCUUUGAAUCUUUUCUCCUGGUUGCAUUAUUAUCUCUUCCUUAUUUCUGUGUUCCUAUUCUAAUAACGUAUGCUGAUUUCUAUUUAAUAAAUAGACUCCAGUGUUGACAUGAAGCUGGUUCUUAUUGCCAUUGGACUUAUUUCUUUUGAAGUCUGCAUGUAUUCCAGUGAUAAAAUAAACAAGGCAUUACAACCCGUA